ACUCCCUGUGAUCCGCAGAGGUUGAACCGGUCCAGUUGAUGGGAUGCAGAGAGGAGAGAGGGAGAGAGAGAGAGAGAGGGUGAUGUCUGGAUCCUGAGGCAGAUCCAGUCCCAGGGCUGCAGCACAACUGGAAACCAUGGCCAAACACUGGACUCCUGAUCCCCAGUGACCGGCAUCGCCAUGCCAACUCCUACGAUCCUCACAGCAACCAGGAGUCCUCCGAGAGGUUGUUAGGUUUACAGGUGUAUUAACAUCAGUGUGCGGAUCAGCGCUGAGACCAGGAGGCAGAGAUGGUUUCCCGGUGGAGUCUCCUGCUGAUGUUCACGCUGCAGGUGAAGACGGGACUGGUCCUUGGAUGCGUGUGUCCAGCAGCCACCAUUUUGUCCCAGUUUCCCUCUGAGAUUCCUGCUGGCAUCUGCUGCCUGAACUACUCUGGUUCUGCUCUCAGCCACGUGCGCUGGUCUGUGUUUACCAAUGAGACAAACAUAGAGACAGUGGACCUCUCCAACUGUAAUAUCAGUUCUGUUGAUGUGAGCAGCAAAGAGGCCUCCACCCUGCAGAAGGUUUACUUAGCUCAUAAUAGACUCACAACGUUGCCAAGGGAGUUUCUGUCCGGCCAGCCCAGCCUGAUGGAGGUGGAUCUGAGCGGGAACCUGCUUCAGGAGCUUCCUGAGGGUUUCCUCCAGGACUCCGACAGCCUUCAGGUGCUGCACCUUCAGGGAAACCAGCUACGCUUCCUCCCCAAGUCCGUGCUGCAGAGAACAGAUCUGCAAAGGCUGGAGCUGGAGGGGAACCCCUGGGACUGCUCCUGUUCGCUCCUGGAGGCGCUGGAGGGGGGCAUGAAGGCCAACAGGACCACCAAGCUCCAGGAUCUGGUGAGGAACGUCACCUGCGUCUCUCCGGCUCACCUGGCUGACAGGGACGUGUGGUCAGUGAGGAUCGGUGACGUGUGCCGCCCCGCUGGCCUCACCGCACUCUUCAUCGUGCUUCCGCUCCUCAUCCUCGCCACCUUGGUGCUCUGCUGGUGCUGUGGGAGGAAGAGGAGGAAGAGAGAGGCGCCUGUGUUCAGCACCCCUAAGAAGAAGGCGUCCAACUCCAGCAGCAACGGCCAGAAACCUCACGGCAAGCAUCCGCCUGCAGCCGCUGAACAGAGGGAAGCCGGAAGCGUUGCGGGGAUCCUCAAGAACCAGCUGCUGCUACGUCCGGCCUCCACCCUCCUGGGCAGCACCAGAGACAUCUAUGAGGAGGUGGAGAUCAAGCUGGGCUCAGUGGAGUCUCUUCCCUGCUCCAGCUCCACAGACGGGAAGCAGGGCCCCGAGGAGCCCAACGGAGUCAGUAAGACAGAGCUGGACACGGUCAGCGUGACGGAGGUGAUGAAAGACUCAGCCGACAGGGAGAAGGCGUACAUGACCCAGUCCACUGAAUACUACAGCCUGGUUCCAGGCAUCGAGCUGGAGGACUCAGACCACGGAGAGUAUGAGAACGUCAGCCUCUCGUGACACCAUCAUGAAGGAAUAGUUCAACAUUGUGGGAAAUAGAAUUACUGGCUUUUCUUUGCUAAAGAUCAGCACCACUCACGUGUUUGUGGUAAAACAUGUUUGAUAUUUUUACACAUGAGAUUACACACACACGUGUUUUUAAACUCCGUUGCUUAUUUGGUUGUAAUAUUUAAUUUUAUACAAACAUUUUGAAACCAUGUUUUUUGGGACCUUUAAGUAGCCUAGCUUAGCAUAAUGACAACAUGGGAAACUAGCCUCGAACUGCCCCAAGUUGAAGAAUGUGAUCAGUUAAUGGCUCACUGUAUCUCAGUACAAGGAAAAAAUAUCUAUUAUUAGCAUAGAUUUAUUAAGCUACUAAAUUAGCUUAGUAGCUUAACGGGAUCCAAAUUUUUAGCGUUCCACUUACACAGGAACAAUGUUUACGUUAGCCAGCUAGCCAUUGUCCUCCUGUUGCAAUAUGAUCGAACGCGGCAUCAGUCACGCUAGCUGUUUCCCCCUGCUACCACUCUUUAUGCUAAGCUAAGCUAGUCAUCCUCGGCUUCAUACGAACUCACAGACACAAGAGUCACACUGGUUGUGUCGUGUAAUUCAAGGUGAAUGAGUAUUUCGCAAAAAUACAAAUUUCAAUGCACUAAAGAGAGACUGAGUGCGUGUUUGUGUGUGUGUGUGUCAGUAAAAGUUGUCGACACAGAGACAGCGUGGUCCGACCACUGUGGUAUCACAAUGUAAGAGGAAGUGAUUUAAUCCGGAGCUUUUCCUGUGGGACCUGAGGUGACGCACUGACUGUUUGAAAGGGAGGCCCACCUCUUCUCUCUGGAAAAAACUGAUAACCUCCAUUUGUGUUUGUUUCUGUUUAACGCUUCGCUCCGUGCAAACCUACACUUGAUGUUUCAGGUCUGCAAAGAACAGGACGUGUUGUUUAAUUCCUGUGCUUUGUCAACGUCAAACCAGUUUUUGUACAUCACUUUCCUUCACCUAUCCCAUAUGCAUUCCUCUAUGGUUUCUCAUACAGGACGUUCUGGAUCCAACUCAUUCACCAGAAGCUGCAAAACUAGAAAUAUAGGUGAACAACUCCCGUCACUAUGCCCACAGUUAAUUCAAUAGGAAAUGUGGAAUGUGACGCUUGGGUGGGAAGUCUAAAAUUAUAUAAGUCAUGAGUCUAAGCAAGUAUCACAGGACUGAUUCAUGCUCGUGCUUUGUAGCACAAACUAAAACGUGCACAAAUGCUGUGUAGAACUGUUUAGAUCUAAAUGCUAGAUACAAAUCUGAAGUUGCACAGUGAACUGAGAUGCAGAGCAGAUCUGUGCAGACUGAAGAGGAAACAUAAACAGAAAACAAAACUAUUCAUCGGUGUCAUCACGACAAUGCAGACACUUGUAAUCUAAGACUGUGGAGAACUGACGGUUCUCACUGUCACACUCGUUGGCUUUGAACGCUGAUUGGUUUGUGCUCAGUGAGACGGAGGCAGCGAGGGUGCAGUGGAGGGCGUGGAGCUUCCUUAGAAGACGGGUGUUUUCCAGACGGGUUUGCACAUAUUUUCCAUCAAAGCCUUAAUUAUUUAACAUUGUUAAGGUUAAAAAAACUGACGAAUGAAGGAAAAGUUUAGAUUUUUGGUAGAAUCUCUGCACAGAUUUCUCCAAAGAUACUGAUUCUUUGUUUUAUUUUCUGGGUAUUGUGAGAGGAGCUCUGGGGUUUUAGCUUCCAGGGGGUCGUUUACUAAAUUUUGCAACUCGAUGGUGCUCAGUAAUUGUAAACAAGCCAACGAAGCCAUGUCGGAAUUUUUUACAUGUUGCAAGAUAUUUAAUUUUUAAAGGUUAAAAAGUGAAAAGAGCUCAAUCGUAAUAACUAUAAACAAGACUUCCACUUCUUUAACCUGCUGCACAAGAACAAUUCUUCUUUCUCCUCAAGUCUUUACACAUCAUACUGUAUCAUAUAUCUAGCGUCCAUUAAACCAAACCUUAAAUUACAUCAAUUUGUCUAUUUAUGAUCAAAUAUCAGUUGCCAGUUGUUAUAACCAACUGAGCUCCUCUGGUUCGUCCAUUCUGAGCAGCUGGAGAAACAUGGAGGUGCAAAUAACGGACUUUGUGGAAGAAGACUUUCUCCAGAUGUAAAUAGAAAUGACUCAUGAAAACACAAUGAUUCUUACUUUCAGGUGAUUAGACACUUAAAAAUCAUUUUUAAUUCUAUGAUUAUUAAUAUUAUCUUUAAUUUCUGACACUGGAUCUUGAAUGUUGUGUGGCGAGGAACCAAUGACCUCCGUAUUUCCAAAAUCCUCGGAUUGGAAAAGUGAAAUAUGGCAUCAUUUUAUUUUAAACACACACAGUAACAUGAAUUCCUCCUUGUAAAAAAAGAAAAUGGGUAAACUGCUGUGACAU